UUGUUGUUGUUGUUGUUGUUGUUGUUGUCGUUGUUGUCGUUGUUGUCGUUGUUUUCGUUGUUGGUGUGAAGAUGAUGUGACUGGGAAUGUUUGGAGUGAGGAUGGACGAUAGAUUUUGCUUUCUGUUUUCUGGUUUUGUUUUCUUGUUUCCACUCAAUUUGCUGUGGCUUAAGCUGAUGAUGUGGGAGUUGUCAUGUUUCUGUCAAAGCUUAUUGGGAGGAUACAUAUAUAACUGUAGGCGUUUCGUUUAUAGAUGGAGGGCUUGCUUCUCUUUGUUUCUAUCACAGUAUACACCCAGCUAUCUGUGCAGCUAGUCAGGUGGUUUGAGAUUGGAUAUUGAUUUCCAGGGUAAAUUGAUAUUCCCUAUAUUUAUAUA